AUAAAGGGCAAAACGGGAAUGCUUUAGGGCGAGAUGGACGAAUUGGAACAUAGGAGCAAAUUGAGUGAAGAGUAGCGUAGAAUAAAAAAAGAUGCGGCCAAACGCCGCCGGUAACGGCAACGACGACCGAUCGGGGACUGCCGGACCGGCGAUUCGCAAGAAAGGAACGGGUGUUCGUCCAUGGCUGGUUGUCGACGUUACCGGAGACGCACAAGUGGUCGAGGCCGGAAAACACGCCAUCAUGAGACGAACUGGCCUCCCGGCACGUGACCUUCGAAUCCUCGAUCCUCUCCUUUCCUAUCCUUCCACUGUUCUCGGGCGAGAGAGAGCAAUCGUCAUCAAUUUGGAACACAUCAAAGCGAUUAUCACCGCAAACGAGGUUCUUCUCCUCAAUUCAAGAGAUCCUUCCGUCACUCCUUUCGUUCAGGAGAUUCAAGCGAGGAUCCUCCGUCAUCACGACGCAACAACUAAUCCUCAGGAAGAUUCUCACGGCGGCGGAAUUAAGAUUCUUCCGUUCGAAUUCGUUGCGCUUGAGGCGUGUCUUGAAGCGGCUUGUAGCGUUUUGGAGAAUGAAGCGAAGACGUUGGAGCAAGAGGCGCAUCCGGCUCUUGAUAAAUUGACGUCGAAGAUUAGUACUCUCAAUUUGGAGCGUGUGAGGCAGAUUAAGAGUCGUUUGGUUGCGAUAACGGGGAGGGUUCAGAAGGUGAGAGAUGAAUUGGAACAUUUGCUUGAUGAUGAUGAAGAUAUGGCUGAAAUGUAUCUUACUGAAAAGAUACUUCAACAGCAGAUGGAACAAACGUCUUCUGAGGAGGAUAUUGAUGCUCAUGAUGAUGAUAAUGACAUUGAUAGAGCAGAGGGUGUUGAAAUAUCUUUGGAAGGGGGGGCAGGUUAUGAGGAUGAGGAUGAGGAUGGUCAAAAUCGAAAUGCGGGAGAACAUAUGUUUGGUGCUACAAACCAGAUUGGUAGGGAUAGCCGCGCUGGAACUCGGGCGAGCACUACUUAUAGUGCCAUCACCAAUAAGCUUGAUGUUGAGGAGCUUGAGAUGCUCUUGGAAGCAUACUUUGUUCAGAUUGAUGGAACUCUCAACAAGCUUUCCACGUUGAGGGAGUACGUCGAUGACACAGAGGAUUACAUCAAUAUUAUGCUGGAUGACAAGCAGAACCAUCUCCUCCAAAUGGGAGUCAUGUUGACCACGGCAACUCUGGUAGUGAGUGCUUUUGUUGUUGUGGCUGGUGUUUUUGGCAUGAAUAUUCAUAUUGAGCUGUUUGAUGAAAAGUUGUACGGGACGAGAGAGUUUAUGUGGACUGUUGGUGGAGGCACUGCUGGAACCAUAUUCUUGUAUGUAGUUGCCAUUGCUUGGUGCAAGUAUAAACGCUUGCUAGAAUAAGGUGCACCAUUGUGUUCCAUACAGCAAUACAGUAAUGUAAUUUAAUUGAAAAUAAACUUUUUUGAAUGUUCUGUAGAAGGAUCCUUCAACUACUUUUUCCUGUACAUUAUUGUGUGGACAAAGUCUGCAACAACAUUGGUUUUAUGCAACACUUGCUGCAAGUCCUGUAAUUUUCACAAAGAUUUCCUGAGAUUCACAGAUUAGUCAUCGUAUUUACUUUU